AUGACGUUCUCAACAAUGACAAUCCCGGUGACGUCAUUAGUGGACAAUAAUCAUGAGACAGUUUCUUCAUCAUAUCACCUGAACGCUUCUUUUCUGUGGAAUACGUCACAUCCGGAAGCAUUGCAAAACGGAAGUGAUACAACGAAUCCCGGAUUUAAUUUCUACUGGCAGGUUCCCCAGAUCACGUUCCUCUCUAUCAUGUUGCUUACUAUUGUCAUUGGAAAUGCUUGUGUUCUAGCGGCCAUCAUGCUUUCCGACAACGGCAGGAAAACUAGAAUGAAUUUCUUCAUCAUGCAUUUGGCAAUAUCAGAUUUAUCCGUCGGGAUAUUCUUAGUUUCCAUUGAUCUCGCCGAUAAAAUAGUGAUUGAAUGGUUGGCUGGUAACGCUUUAUGUAAAAUAUUGAAUUACAUGAAGAUUGUCGUACUUUACGCCUCCACAUAUGUUCUCGUAUCCCUCAGCAUCGACAGGUUCGACGCGAUAGCCAGACCGAUGAAUUUCUCGAGGCGAGCUUUCAGAGCCCGUAUGUUGAUCUACAGCGCGUGGAUUUUGGCAGCCAUAUUUUCCAUCCCGGCUUUAGUGCUGUUUGAGGCGAGGACGGAACCACAAAUGUAUAACAUGACUCUGUGUACCAUCAGCUUGACUGACUUUCACUGGAAAUUAUACUUCACUCUAGUAGCACUUAGUGUGUUCAUCAUACCUGCCGUGAUAAUAACCGUCUGCUAUAGUGUAAUUAUCAUCAUCAUAUGUCAGAAGAGCAAAUUGGAUGGUAACAAUGUCAAACAGACCACUCCACGUCAGAACGAAGGGGCAGUUCGUAAUCGAGUGGUUAUGGCAUACAUAAUGAUAUCACUUCCCAUGUGUCUGGUCAACGAAACAGCAAAUGAAAAUGUUAAUCUUCUAAAUCCAAUGAAGUGUAUAGAUUGUCUUUGGACAGUUUUCCUAGAAGGACGAGGAUUUGGUGGCGCCCGGCAUGGGAAAGGUUCCUCAGUGAUACAGCAGGCGAAAAUAAGGACCAUAAAGAUGACGUUUAUAAUUGUUCUAGUGUUUGUGCUUUGCUGGUGCCCAUAUAUAGUUUUCAACCUCCUCCAUCUUUACGGGUUCUCUAAUGAACAGCUAGAAUCACCAGUCCUUAGAGCAGUUACUGUAUGGAUACAAAGCAUGGCACCCUUAAACAGCGCAGUCAAUCCUAUCAUCUAUGGCGUGUUUAGCACGAGGAUAUGUCGCAACCUCAGGCGUAUUCCAAUAUUCAAUUGUAUUGCUAACGCCCUAUGUAGAUGCCAACGUGUACGGAGUGUCGGCAGUAGACUUUCUCACACCACAUCCUGGAAUGAUCCCACAUACCUGACCGACGCUUCCUUCUCUUCAAAGUACCGCCGUCCAGGCGGAGUUCGAAGAACAUUCUCCGAUUCCGAAAGCACUGUGUUAGCUUCCGGUAGACAUGCAUAUCCCAGGGGAUCAACUCAACAUGGCAAUUUUCAACGGUCGAUUUCCAGCAGCAGCCAGGAAUUUAAGCCCAUUGGAUAUCGUAGACCAUCAGGCUUGCCAUUAGUUAAACGAAAUUUGACUCUUGAAGAUAACCAUUUGUUGAAAUCUAUCACUCAAAGACCAACCAAUACAAUAUGUGAAUCAGAAAUAUUGUAG